AUGGUGGACGAGGCGUGGGAGCGGGCGGUGGAGGCGGCGCUGCACGCCGGCGGCGAGGGGAGCUCGUCGCCGGCGCGGAGCCUGACGCUUGACGGCGCCGUCAAGUGCAUGCACGGGCGGCUGCCGGCAGCGGAGAUACUGGAGCGGCACCAGACACUGGAGCACCUCUCGAUCGCCGGCGUCGGGGUGACGUCGCUCGAGGGGUUCCCGCGGCUGCGGAACCUCACGCGGCUCACCCUCUCCGACAACCGCAUCGCCGGCGGCCUCGACCACCUCGUCGUCGCGGGGCUGUCCUCGCUGCGGGACCUGGACCUCAGCAACAACCGCAUCCAGGACGUCGACGAUCUCGCGCCACUUGCCGACAUGCGCCUCGUGUCGCUCGACCUCUACGAGUGCCCCGUCACUCGGGUCAAGGACUACAGAUCCAGGGUCUUCGGUAUGAUCCGGACGCUCAAGUACCUGGAUAAGAUGGAUGCUGACGAGAACGAGCGCCCCGAGUCCGAUGACGACGAUGACGACGGAGACGCGGACGGCGACGGCGACGGCGACGAAGAUGAUGAAGAUGAGGAAGACGAGGAAGACCCCGGGAGCGGCGAGGUAGCAAACGGGGGCGUUGCCCACGCGCGCGGCGGCGUGGCUUCGCAUCCAGUGGAGGUGAAUGGGGUGAUCGAUGUGGACGAGGAAGAGAGCGACGCUGACGAGGUCAUCCCGAACGGGGGAGUGGAGCACGGCCAUGGGGCAAACGGGUUUCGUGUCGCGGCUGCUGGAGAAGCCCCAGGCGAGGAGGAUGAGGACGUGGAGGAGGAUGAUGACGAGGAUGAAGACUUUGAGGAGGAGGAUGAUUUGGGGGAGGAGAUUGAUGAGGAUGUUGAUGACGAGGAUGCUGUUGUGGAGGUGCAUGAUGUACCAAGUAGUGAUGAGGAGGAAGAUGGUGUCGAAGAGGAGGAAGAGGACGAAGAGGAGGACGAAGAUGAUGAAGAGGAGGAGGUUGAGGAUGAAGGUGAAGAGGCAGAGCCACAGAGCAGUGCUAGGGUUGCCAUGAUGACAGGGGAGGAUGGAGAAGAGAUAGAUGGGCAUGAGCAUGGCGAAGGGGAUGAUGAGGAUGAAAAUGGUGAGAUCGGUGAAGAGGAUGAGGAGGGACUGGAGGUUGAUAGGGUUUAUGAGGAGGGGAAUGAUGACGACGAUGCAGAUGUGGAUGAUGAGGAUGAAUAUACUGAAUAUCUUGUGCAACCAAUCGCUCAGCCACAAGCCAUGGCCAUUGGAGGUGACUUGGAAGUAGCUGACCCUGAUGAUGCUGAUGAAGACCGGGAAGAAGUUGACGAUGAUGAUGAGGGGGUCACAGAUCAGCCUUCAUCCUCGCAGGGAACCAAGCGGAAGAGAGAUGAUGAUCUGUCAGGCAGUGGUGAUGACAGUGAGGAUGACGGUAUUGAGGACUUGAGGCCCUUCAAGCACAAGUAA